GGGUCUCCAACACCACGGCGAAUGGCUCAAGCUGAGCUCGGCAGCAGACAUAGAGACCAAUCUGGUGCUUUAUUUACAGCAUCAGCGUGCUGCCGCCGACUUCCAGAAUCAUCUUUGGAACCAGAGAACACAGCUCGCGUUGCUUGUCCGCAACGCUCUUCACCUUCAAGCCGAGGACGGUUGCGAGAUAUGUUCACGCCAAUCAUGGAUACAAGGUGGAUUCAACGUCUGCGUCAUGGUCGCUGUCAAAUCUUCUGGCAGGUCCACAACCUAUGUCCUGCGCUGUCCAUUCCCCCACCGGGUAGCUGAAUCUCAAUACCCAGGCACAAUGGACGAAAAGCUCAGGUGUGAGGUUGCCACAUAUAUUUGGAUCCAAGAGCACUGCCCAGAUAUCCCCAUCCCAAAGCUUCAUGCAUUUGGCUUCACCGAUGGGAGACAGUUCACCCAGCACGACCAAGCGUCCUUGCUCGCUCGUUUUUGCCGAUAUAUCCGACGACAAGUACACCGUCUCUUCGGCCUUUCACUCCUCUCGAACUACCAUCCAUCGUCCUGCCCUCCGACAUCCAAAGUUGGUCACAUGCUCCUCGAAUACAUUCGUCCCGACGUUGGUCAGAUGCUUUCUACGACGUGGGAAUCUUUCAAGGAUGAGCCGCAGCGUAGUCGCCGUCUCUUCAAGGCGAUUUCACGACUCAUACUCUCGCUGGCUCGAGUGCCUCAAGCGCGGAUUGGCUCCUGGCGAUUCAACCCGGACGAUUGCACUAUUUCGCUGACAAACCGCCCGCUCAUGGUUUCGACAAUGACAUUCGAGCACAGUGGUACCCCGCGAAUAAUACAGCAAGAUCAGACAUAUUGUUGCACGGACAGCUUUGUCGCAGACACGCUUACAUUAUACGACGAACAUAUGCGUCACAACCCGCACGCAGUCGCAGACGAGGAGGAUGCCUAUGAGAGGAUGGCCAUGAGGACGCUACUGCGAGCUGUUUCGCACCAUUUCUUGAUGCGCGAACUUCGCCAGGGGCCUUUUAUCUUACAAUUCACUGACUUGCACCAGAGUAAUAUCUUUGUCGACAACGACUGGAACAUCACAUAUCUGGUUGACUUGGAAUGGAUUUGCGCUCUACCGGCAGAGAUGUUAUCUGUGCCAUACUGGCUCACGGGCUGUAGCGUUGACGAAAUCGUGGGCGAGCAGUACGAACUCUAUGACGCGACCCGCCAAACAUUCUUAUCCAUCAUGGACGAGGAAAGAACGGCCAAGCAGAAGGAACUAACCCUUAUACUCCGCAACUCAUGGGAAUCCAAGGGUGUAUGGUUCUGGGCAUCCCUGAAGUCCUUGAACGCCUGGCACUUUCUGUUCCAAGACCAUAUAUUGCCAAAGUUCUUUGCCAAUAAUCAGGCAAUAGCCUUGCUGAAGCCAGCCUCAAACCUCUGGCAAGAGAAUGCUGAAGCGAUGGCGAAGCAGAAGGCCAAGGACGAGGAAGAGUACCGAGAAGAACUCGAACGUAACUGUAGUGUCAAAUAGUUAGGCAUUCUAGGAGGACAGUUGGUGGGAUAGCAAAACCAUGCACCUUGCUAAUUCUUGCCGUCCUUCUUUUUUCCCCUCCGCCUUCUCGCCGCAUCACCCGAGGAGAUGACUUGCUGGUGUUGUGGAGGUCUAGGGAGAAAAAGGUGUUGUAUUAGGAAGCUAUUCUCUAGGGCAGGAGGGUGCCUGGAACUAAGCUAUAGGAGGGAGGUGCCAGGGCAUAGGCCACCUAGUAUUAGGUGACCGCUAGAAGCCCUAGGCGAAUACCACUAAUACCCCCCUAUAGGCACUAUCUAAGGCGUAUUAGCUAUUAGGUCUAUAAGAGUCCCCGUAAGCACCUUGU